AUGCUCUGGAGGCUGGUCCUGCUGGCCUUGUGGGCGUGGCCAUGGGCUCUGGCCGGUGACCAGCAUGCAGAUACUACCUUCGACCUCUUCAGCCUCAGCAACAUAAACCGGAAGACCAUUGGAGCCAAGCAGUUCCGAGGGCCUGACCCCGGCGUCCCGGCUUACCGCUUUGUCCGCUUUGACUACAUCCCCCCGGUGAACUCAGACGACCUUGGCAGGAUUAUCAAGGUCAUGCGGCAGAAGGAUGGUUUCUUCCUCACGGCCCAGCUGAAGCAGGACCGGAAGUCCCAGGGAACGCUGCUGGCUCUGGAGGGCCCUGGUGCCUCCCAGAGGCAGUUCGAGAUCAUCUCCAACGGCCCGAGAGACACCCUGGACCUUGCCUACUGGGUGGAGGGCGCGCGGCACAUGGUCUCGCUGGAGGACGUGGGCCUGGCCGACUCCCAGUGGAAGAAUGUCACUGUGCAGGUGGCCGGGGAGACCUACAGCUUGUAUGUGGGCUGUGACCUCAUCGACAGCUUCACCCUGGACGAGCCCUUUUAUGAGCAGCUGACUGUGGACAGGAGCAGGAUGUACGUGGCCAGAGGAGCCUCCCGAGAGAGCCACUUCAGGGGCUUGCUGCAGAAUGUCUACUUAGUGUUUGAAAACUCCGUGGAAGAUGUUCUACUCAAGAAAGGCUGCCGUCAAGGCCCAGAAGCUGAAGCCAACGCCAUCCAUGAGCACACGGAGACACUGCACCUGAGCCCUCACCUCACCACAGACUUUGUGGGCCACGGCGUGCAGAAGAGGCCUGACGUGUGCACACACUCCUGUGAGGAGCUGAGCAACAUGAUGAGUGAGCUGUCUGGGCUGCGUCUGAUGGUGAACCAGCUCAGCAAGAACCUGGAGAGAGUGUCGGAUGAUAACCAGUUUCUCUUGGAGCUCGUUGGAGGCCCUCUGAAGACCAGGAACGUAUCAGGCUGCUUGCAGGAUGGUCGGUUCUUUGCAGAAAAUGAAACGUGGGUGAUGGAUAGCUGUACUUCGUGCACCUGCAAGAAAUUUAAAACCAUUUGCCACCAAAUCUCGUGCCCACCAGCAAACUGUGCCAACCCAUCCUUCGUUGACGGCGAAUGCUGCCCCUCCUGCUCCCACUUCGAUGGCCGCUGGAGCCCGUGGUCUCCAUGGUCAGCCUGUACAGUCACCUGUGCGGGAGGAAUCCGGGAGCGUUCCAGGGUCUGCAACAGCCCAGAGCCCCAGCACGGAGGGAAGGACUGCGUGGGAGACCUGAAGGAGCACCAGAUGUGCAACAAGAGGAGCUGCCCCAUAGAUGGCUGUUUGUCCAACCCUUGCUUUCCUGGCACGGAGUGCACCAGCUUUGCUGAUGGGUCGUGGUCCUGUGGCUCGUGCCCUGUGGGCUUCCUGGGCAACGGCACUCACUGUGAGGACCUGGAUGAGUGUGCUGUGGUCACAGACAUUUGCUUCUCUACCAGCAAAGUUUCCCGCUGCGUCAACACCCUUCCUGGCUUCCACUGCCUGCCCUGUCCCCCACGCUACAAGGGGAGCCAGCCCUUUGGAGUUGGCCUGGAUGCUGCCAGGACAGAAAAACAGGUUUGUGAGCCUGAAAAUCCAUGCAAGGACAAGACUCACAGCUGCCACAAACACGCAGAGUGCAUCUACCUGGGCCACUUCAGUGACCCUAUGUACAAGUGUGAGUGCCAGACAGGCUACGCAGGCGAUGGGCUCCUCUGCGGGGAAGACUCGGACCUGGACGGCUGGCCCAACAGCGACCUGGUGUGUGCCACCAACGCUACCUACCACUGUGUCAAGGACAACUGCCCACAGCUGCCCAAUUCUGGGCAGGAAGAUUUCGACAAGGAUGGAAUUGGUGAUGCCUGUGAUGAGGACGAUGACAACGAUGGUGUGAGCGACGAGAAGGACAACUGCCAGCUACUCUUCAACCCCCGCCAGUUUGACUAUGACAAGGAUGAGGUUGGGGACCGCUGUGACAACUGCCCCUACGUGCACAACCCUGCGCAGAUCGACACCGACAGCAAUGGCGAGGGAGACGCCUGCUCCGUGGACAUCGACGGGGACGAUGUUUUCAAUGAAAGAGACAACUGUCCUUAUGUCUACAACACGGACCAGAGAGACACGGAUGGCGAUGGCGUGGGUGACCACUGUGACAACUGUCCACUGAUGCACAACCCGGACCAGACGGACGUGGACAACGACCUUGUCGGAGACCAGUGUGACAACAACGAAGACAUCGAUGACGACGGCCACCAGAACAACCAGGACAACUGCCCGUACCUCUCCAACGCCAACCAGGCCGACCACGACGGCGACGGCCAGGGCGACGCCUGCGACUCGGACGACGACAACGACGGCGUCCCCGACGACAGGGACAACUGCCGGCUGGUGUUCAACCCGGGCCAGGAGGACGCCGACGGUGAUGGACGGGGUGAUAUCUGUAAGGACGAUUUUGACAAUGACAAUGUCCCUGACAUCGAAGAUGUGUGCCCAGAGAACAACGCCAUCAGUGAGACAGACUUCAGGAACUUCCAGAUGGUCCCCCUGGACCCCAAGGGAACCACACAGAUUGAUCCCAACUGGGUCAUUCGCCACCAAGGGAAGGAGCUGGUUCAGACGGCGAACUCAGACCCUGGCAUUGCUGUAGGGUUUGACGAGUUUGGUUCCGUGGACUUCAGCGGCACGUUCUACGUCAACACGGACCGGGAUGAUGACUACGCCGGCUUCGUCUUUGGCUACCAGUCCAGCAGCCGCUUCUACGUGGUGAUGUGGAAGCAGGUCACACAGACCUACUGGGAAGACAAGCCCAGCCGGGCGUACGGCUACUCGGGGGUGUCCCUCAAGGUGGUGAACUCCACCACGGGCGUGGGAGAGCACCUGCGCAACGCUCUGUGGCACACGGGGAACACAGAGGGGCAGGUGCGCACACUGUGGCAUGACCCGAAAAACAUCGGCUGGAAAGACUACACUGCAUACAGGUGGCAUCUGACCCACAGGCCCAAGACCGGCUACAUGAGGGUCCUGGUGCAUGAGGGGAAGCAGGUCAUGGCCGACUCGGGACCGAUCUAUGACCACACCUAUGCUGGCGGAAGAUUGGGUCUCUUUGUCUUCUCUCAGGAGAUGGUCUACUUCUCCGACCUCAAGUACGAAUGCAGAGAUGUCUAGACAAUGUGCUGCAAAUGGUAUUUUCUAGACAAGUCAGCACUUGCAGCUUCUCUCUCUAGUGGCAUUUCCUGUUCCUUAAUUCUGAGUGUUUUUCCACCUCCUCCAUCAACCCGAAGCCCAAGUGCCUGAAGAGGAAGAGCACUGAUGAAUCCACAAGAUGAGCUUCUAACCCACUGCAGGAAGACAGCACUGUGGUACAUGACUUCUGUGGAGUGAAAAUCGAGCACGAUGUUGUACUGCUUUCUUUUGUUUGUUUUAAAAGAAUGACGUUUACAUAUAAAAUGUAAUUACUUGCUGUAUUUAUGUGUAUAUGGAACAGAAGGGAAUUUGUGCAUAAGCCAUUUUCAUAAAUUAAGCGUGAAAAAUAUGGCUCCACUAUGUUCUGUGCUUAAUGUUGUCACCUGGAUUAACGUUGUUCUUGGA